AUGAGUUAUGGACACACACUGGCGGUUCUUUUGGUACUGUUAGUGAGUUUUCUAUUCUUCGUCUUCAAUGAUACACCCAUAACAAGCACUGCAAGUCAAUUAUUAUUGUCACAACUAAAUACUACAGAACAAACACUGAGUUGUGCGGCAAAGGUCUAUGGUAUAUGUGACCCGCAUGAUCCCAGGUUUUACAACAUUAUACUAGAAGAAGAAGCGCUCAGAUUCGAGCCUUGCCAAGAUAUAAAUAAAACCGCUUCUGUACAACACUCAAAACUAACACUAAAAGACCGUGUAAAUAGGACAUACAAUAUUGGUGAAGAAAUUAUAGCUUUGGUGAAACUAUACAAUGGUUAUGGUAAACGUAAACAUAGUGGUGGAGAUCAUUUGAGAGCGACGCUAGAAAACAAAAAACAUAAGGCAUCGGUCCCUUGUGUGGUGACUGACAAUAGAGAUGGAACACAAACGGUGGCGUGUGAGUCAUUAUGGACCGGGACGGCAACAAUAAAUGUACUUCUAGCAUAUACAAGGGAGACAAUUACAUCAAUCUAUCGGAUAAGAACACAAGUUUUAGCCACUAGAAACAUAUAUGGAAUGUUCAGGUGUAGAACUUACAGCUCACAAAUUUCCUACAGCGAAGAUACUAUCUGUCAUCCGAACCAUACCUAUCUGUUAAAGCUUACAAACUACACAGAACUUUGUAAUAUGACAUACAUCAACUCAGGGAUGCCGUUUUAUUGCGGUAAGCCAAAGGAUGAGCAUUUGCUGUGCCAAGACUUGGAGCUCGUAAGAACGCGGCAACCAUUUCCAGAGCUUCCGGUCACAGAAUGCGAGGACACAUUAUUGAAAAGCGGACAAAGAGCAUUGAAGCAAACUUUAACGGUUAAUGUACAGAACAGCAAUGGAAAUGAUAGUGUAUCUAUCAUAGACAAACCGUCCGUACCUUGUUCAGAGUACAACAUUGCCCUUUUAUGGCAGUCGGGACAACCAACUGGCUUCUUCUAUAAUGGAGAAUGGAUUCUGCGAAACUGUCUCGGUUUCCAUGAAAAUCGGUACAUGAACUGUCUUAGAAAUAAGCGUUUAUAUUUAUUUGGUGAUUCUACGAACCGGCAAUGGUAUACAGCAAUAAUGAAGCGUUUUAAAUGUCCAUCUGUUACAGAGAAAUGGGAUUUUGAAAAAUGGCAUAAAGACGCAGAGUGCUACAAUAAACGAAUUAAUUUCAAAGCAGGCUGGUACCCGCAUGCCCAGCCGUUUUACGUCGGAGAAUUUUGGGACGACGCAAAAUACACUUUAUAUUCCAUCUCGCGGCGUAUAGACAAUAUACCACGGACUGAACAUGCUAUUGUCAUAAUACAUUGUUAUUUGCAUUUUGUGUCAUUUCAUCAUAGCGUUUUUAAACAAAGAAUCGAAAUCAUUCGUAAUACCGUUGAAAUGUUUUUAGCAAAUAACAAACAUUCUAUAGUUAUGAUAAAAGCACCACAUACAUUUGAAGAUUCGUCAGCCGGAAGAUUGAGAAUCAAUGAUUAUUUUGGUUAUGUUUACAGUAAAAUUCUAUAUGAAGAAUUUGAAGGUUUACAUGACCGAGUUGUUUUGUUGAAUAAUAGAGACACUACUAUAGCCCAGCACGUGAAAUGGAAUCACCCACCUGAUAACGUUGUAAAUGCUAUGAUUGAUCAAAUGUUAAGUUUUGCAUGUGAUCGGUGAAACUGAUUCAAUUGAAUUAAAUGCUGUUUUUGUGCGUUGAGACGGGUAUAAACAUAAACUGCGCGAGAUAUGUCUUUUUGAAAAUACAAAUUUCUGUCUUCUCUCUAGCCCAAACUUUUUCUCGAAAUACAGCUUUUUGAAAUGUUCAGUUUGAUCCCCCAACAUGCUCGCACGAAUCCAUUAUAAUUAUUAUUAUUAUUAUUUUUUGUUGGAAAAUUGAAAUUUAGAUUUUAGACCCGGUUUGAAGUUACAUAUUGGCUCGAAGUUAGCGUUUGGUCUCCUAGCUAACUGAGUUCGAUGCCAACUCGAAAUACUGCCUUUCGAAAAUUGAAAUUCUGAUUCUCAAACUAUUUAAAAUCGGUCAGAUUGAAUUUAAACAAAAUAACACGCUGGAGCUGCCACUGAGAGCGCAAUUUAGCGGGUUUACAGGAAACCAGUCUUAACCGUUAGGAAACGUAAAGUUUGUAAGAAGUCACUGAUAUUAUACAAGUAGGCUUCUUUUAAAAAAAGAAACCAAGGAGAGGUCCAGUGUUGCUUCUUUUUAAGUUAUAUCAGAGACAUAGAUCACAAUCGUUAUCUAUGUCUCUGGUUACAUGUAUAUGAUAGGUUGUGCUAUAGACGAAAAACAGUUUCCCUGUUGCAGGUCACUGUGACCUAUUAGGUUAUAAUGCAGUAAUUCGGUCAAAAAUGUGCUUCCGUGGUGUAGAAGAAAGAAGUCCCUAAUAAAUAGAUCCUAAUUUUUCCCUUUUUCGCGCAUUUGCGCGUAAAUCGGGGACCAAAUGGGCAUUAUUUUACUCGUGGAAUGAAUUUUACAUAAAAUAGGACACUUUUCAUGCUAAUAUUCGCAUGUUUUUGAGUUGUUUACUUGAAAACGAAAGUAGGGUGUUUAUUCUGCGGACCGCUUUCUGAAAUGCGGCAAUAUGAGGGUACCUGACUUCAGUUGACUUGCAUUUCACUGCAUACUAUUCAACACCCCUUUUUCUUUUCGUUUUCUUGAAGCAAAUGUAUGGAUAUCUUGUGGAAAAUAGGUCUACGACGGAGUGAAAAUCUAGAAACUGUAACAAAAUUGUUCUGAAGUAGCUGAAUUUUAUAUGAAACAAAGAACAAUUUGUUUUAUUGGUAUAUAGCCUAUUAGGGGUCAUAGUCACUGUGACCAUGACCUAAUGACCUCAAAAUCAAUAAGUCAUCUUCAGGUUAUGACCAACCGCCAAUCCGACUGUAGGCCCAAGCAUUUCCUAGUUACUGAAUUGAAUUUAAAAAUGUUCAAAAGCUACCACUGCAAUAAUUGUACACUGAACAUGGCCUUGGCGAAAGCUAUCAAAUUAGCAUGUUACCAUUUUUGCGAGAACCUCACCUGACAGGCUUAUUUGUCAACUGCCCCGUUCGUUUGCGCCCGAGAGAAUAGCUUAGAAGAAAAUCCCAAUCGAACGGACGUUUGUAGGAAGUGAUAAAUUAUAUCAUCCUUUUUUCUAAUGUAUUUUUUUCAGAGAUUUUUUUAUUAAGAUAAGAUAAACUUUAUUUAGCGUCGAUUAUAACAAACAUGUAAACAUUAGCUAAUACAAACUAUUUUCCGACAUAACAUGAUUAAACUACAUUAUUCUAUUGUUAAUGUGCUAUUUGAAAAAGAAAUCCUGACCAUUUUAUUUGUUCUAGUCUAUUACUCAGUUUGUAAAGUUUAUAUGUCGAAUUGCCACCUUGUUUCGAUCACGUGAUUAACAUCUCCGACUAUCGAAGCUCGGACUAUCGAAGCUCGGAAGAACUCUUCUCAUUCCGGCAGAUCUCCCGAACGGGGCAAACGAACCCGCUAGUUGAACAAUAAAUUCAUUUAACUGGACGAAAUACAUUUUAAUGUGAUUCAGUUCAUAUGCAUAUAUCUUUGAAUACUGCGAACACAGAAUAGUAAAUAUAUAUCUAUAUAUUUAUUUUGUUAAUAACUGAACCGUUUCCAACAUUUGUAACAAUAGUAUUACACUAUAUUUCUUUAUUUUAAACGAACAAUUAUUUUCGUCUUAGAGGAUUUCAAAACUUACUUGUGCGCAAGCGCAUUUUGGGCCAUUUUAGACUGGCUCACCGUAAUUUGCGGUAGAAAGUGAAAUCUAACGCCGUAAAAUCAGUAGAUUAGUCUAAAUCCUCCUAGUCUAAAAGCAAACUAUGGAGAGGUCUUGAUAGACCUCUCCAAUGAGAAUGGUCGAAUUUUAGCGAUAACGAAAAUUUACGGAAGUUGCGUGUAGAGAAGCAAAUUAUUGUUUUCUUUUUCAAAUCAUUUUGAAUAAUCUAUAUAGUCACCAGAGGCUUUGUAAAAUUAUAUUUCUAAAGUAUAAUUGAUAUUGUAUUCCUUUGCACAACCCGUGAAUUAUAAUGUGUGCAGUAAUUGCAGUACAGUCAAACCUGUGUCAAAGACCACCUCUGAACAGAGAACACCUGCCUCUAAACAAAGGCACUUGAAGGUCUAUCAAUAAAUAUAUACAUUAUCGUAUCCCACCUACCUAAUAUACUAUGAAAUAGUACUGGAUCUCAUUCAGAGAUCGAACCUGCAUAUACAUUUUUAUUGAUGGAGCUUCAAACACCUGUGCUCUAAAGACUAAAUGUUUUGUUUCGCAUUUUAACAUUUACAGUGUAUUUUAACCUGUGAAUAAAGACCACCUCCCAAUAAAGACCACAUUUUGGUUCUCCAAAGGGUGGUCUUUAUAGACAGGUUUGACUGUAUCUUAUCUUUAUUUUGCAGUGAUAGUUACCGUUAUUUCAGUGUUAUGUUUUACGCCUAAUUAUUAUGGAUAAUAAAGAACG